CAAAAGGGGGUCAUGGGCACCCUAAUACACCCCUAGCUAUGCCGUUGGUAUCUUUGAUGUGGAAGCCUUGCAGAAUGCACCCUGGCUGUCACCUUUUCAAAGAGAGUUCUCUCUAAGAUUGCUUCUUCUUUCCCUUUCCUCCUUCCUCUCACCCCCCCUCCUAACUUCCUCCCUUUUUUCCUUCCCUCCUCCUUCUCAAGCUUCAUCCUGCUUCCCUGUUGCAUCCUUCUUUGACUGUGAUUUUUAUUUAAAUUGUUGGUUUAUCUUCAGUGUGAGCUUUGAUGCACCUACGCCUUCCUUCCUUCCUCCUUUCUUUCCUUCUCCCCUUUCAUUCCUUCCUUCCUUCUUUCCUCCAUCUUGGCUUACUUGCUUUCUUCCCUUAUUUCUUUCUUUGCUUGAAAUACUCAUUUUUAAACUUGUCAGCACAAAAAUAUACCUUAUGUCUUUGUAUCCCAUGGUAAUUCACAGAGAAGAGAAGAGUUUAGAGGAGAAGUUCUGUCUAGAUGCCAAAGUGAGAGGAGAAGCUGAAAGAUUCAAAAAGAAGCUCCAGCAAAGGGCUGCUGAUAGUGCGCUUCUUGGAAGCAAUCCUUUGUCGUCCACUGGAGAAGCGUCUACAUAUGGACAGAAGACCUUAAACUCCAUUAUGCAUCUGGAUAAAAUUAUGGACAAAAGUGCAGAAGAAAUUGGACAGAUUUGGCGAGAAUAUCACAAAGAUAAGGACUGCAUCAGUGCUGUCAUCCCAAGUAACUUGUAUGACCGAAUGGAAGAGCGAUUUCUAAAGUUCCCUCUGUUCAUCUACCCUCUUCCAAGAGAACAAGGAUACGAAUUCAUGUAUGCUGAGUUCAAGGAUCACAAGUGUUACUUCACAUCUCUUCUUCAUUAUCAAACUCGAGGCGAAAAUGCUCCCUGGUCGCUGGCAAUGAAACAUUUUACAGAGCUAAGAGAUAGUAAAGGAAUAGUACUGAUGGUUGGAGAGGUAGAUACAAAUGAAAUGAGCGUGUUGGACGCACAGUGGCUCGCCUAUCAAGUUCAGAUGUACUAUGCUUCACAAGGCGAUCGAAGAGAGGAGAUCUUGAAAACAUUCAAUGUCUUCCCGGAGAAAUUCGACCACAUGACGGUGGUAAAAGAACUGAACUCUGAAAUAGAAAGCGGUGUCUUGACGGGAUCAGUUAAAGAAAGGGAAUAAACAUUGUACAUUCAAGAAAUUGACGAGUCGAGACUGAACACCUGAAUCAUUCUACAAGUGUUGUUCAAGUUUUCGUCCACAAGGAACUUUCACUGGAAGUAUUAUCACAUUAAAUGAAAAGUUUUAUUUA